CCUCCAAAGUGACCCUAAAAUACAUGUCAGUUGAGAUUUUACAUCAGAAACUGUCUGUGUGUUAAACAUGCUGGCAAGAUAUGAAAUUUACGCUGUUCUCCGGGAAGCCGGUCGUUUGCAGUUGUCUAGUUUCCGUAACUUCAAAGUCCAGGGCGGAUUCUGUCAUCGCAUUCUAUUCAGCAGAUCAGCGGCUACUGGAUUCAAAGUGUCAAACAGCAUCAAAUGGAGCCUUCAGUUACUGAAUCUUGGCGAAGAUUGUACAGCUGAUGAGCUGAAGGAUACAUAUUUAACACUUGCCAAACGAUACCACCCUGACAGCAGGUCACCGGACGCCGAUGCCACCAAAUUUACGGAAGUUCGAGACGCUUAUCAAACCAUCUCUGCCAAGUUGGCUGAGGAAGCGGGUAAGCUAUCUUCAGAGGAAGUCGUUGAUAUUCUUGAACCUGACUUCGGAAUCAAACAAACUACGCCACAACAUCGGCAAUAUUUGAGCUUUGAAGGAGUUGGGUACGGAACUCCGAGUCAGCGACAGAAACAGUAUCAAUAUUACAGGGCUGACAAGGCCAGUGAGCGCGUUUUUGAAUAUAAUAUGCGUAAACAUGCGAACAAAUACGAGUAUAGCAUGACAGUAAAAGACAAGACCGCCGCAAGGCAGAUCAAAACUUCUAGCGGGAUGCAUCGAUUGGUGGAGGACUUAAUUAGAGAUUCCAUGGAGAAGGGUGAGUUUGACAAUCUGGAAGGUGCUGGCAAGCCACUGACGAGAACGGACUACAAUCCCAUGGUGGACAGCAUGACGCACAACUUGAAUAAAAUACUCAUCAACAGUGGAUGUGCACCGGACUGGGUCAUGCUGAACGGGGAUGUCAGGAAACAGAUCAGAGAUGCGAGGAAAUAUUUAAAACUACAGAGAAGUCGAUUGGGACCGCAUCCAUUCUGUUAUGGUGAUCAACAAAGAUGGGACAGGACCAUUGAUCAUUUUGUGACUAUGGUGAAGGACUUAAAUAAACAGAUUGACAGGUUAAAUAUGCUAGUACCGACAAUGAGACAGCAGUUACCCCACAUGAGUCUAGAGGUGGAAAUACAGAGAGCUCUCAAUAAUCACGUAGUGCCAGGACCACCACAGUGUAAGGAAGAGGUCAGGGAAGUGCCUGAAAAGGAUGAUGAAGGUAUAUUCAGAAAGCUGAUAGAUAAAGUGGGAGGAAGGCUAGUUGCCAGAAUGUUGAACAGCGAACAAUGA